AUGUCGGCUCCUCGUUCCGUUCACUAUGCAGCUAAUCUUGGCAUCUUGCAAUAUGUGAAGGGCACCUUAUUUCAUGGCCUUUUCUUUUCCUCUCACUCAUCAUUGACGUUACAAGUUUAUUCAGGUGUUGAUUGGGCAGGGGACCCUACUGAUCGUCGGUCUACCACUGGUUUUCUUUUUUUACUUGGUGACUCUCUUAUCUCUUGGCGAAGCAAAAAGAAAACUGUUGUUGCUCGCUCUAGCACUGAGGCUGAGUAUCGGGCUCUCGCUGAUAGUACUUCUGAGCUUCUUUGGCUUCGUUGGCUUCUCCACGAUAUGGGAGUUCCUCAGCCCUUGAGCACUCCGCUUUAUUGUGAUAAUCAUAGUACUGUUCAGAUUGCUCACAAUGAUGUCUUUCAUGAAUGCACCAAACAUAUCGAGAUCGACUGUCAUUUUGUGCGUCAACAUCUUCAAGAUGGGACACUUCGUCUCUUAUCAGUUCCUUCGGCUGAUAUCUUCACGAAAGCUCAUCCACCUGGUCGUCAUCGUGCUUUAGUUUUCAAACUCCAGAUGUCAUCUUUGAUACCACCUUGA